GCCAAUAGUGUUGUGUGCAUGAGAGAGAGAGGGAAAGAGAGAGACAGCUAGACACAGAGAGAGAGAGAGAUCUGCCAGCGACCCGCCGUGUCGGACGAGAGCGGAGAAAAGGCCUGGAAUUGUCUAUCACGAUCUUGUCCGGGCCUGCCAUCGGAUUGACUUACGUGGAAACAGCUUUGCUUUAUAAUGGUACUGGACAUGAGCCGGUAAUCCCUUGUAUACUCGCUUGUUGUAACCGGCUAAAGAGUGGCCUGUGUGUAUGUCUAGUGUUAAAUCGAUUCCAGCGUCAGUGGAAAGGCUUACCCACCCCAUCCAGCUUCGGUCGCUGCCCCGCGAUCUACUUACCCCCUUGUAGGCUAGUCGUGCCCAGUGAUCCCAGUGGAAGCAGCGUUUUGGGUUUUAUUACACGCUUCGCGCAUUCCUAGAGACGAUUUGAGGGCAGAGAGCUUUCACCGGAGUUCACCCUGGACGGGGUCCUUACCCGUGGCUGUGUAUUAAGUUGGGAUGCUGAGUAAGUGCUGUUGGUAUAAUAUGUAUGUUGCAUCGCUGUGGGAUCGGGCGCGGUGAUACAAACAAUUCCACUUUACGGUUCUUAUGAACUAGGUCUUCGCCUCAGACUUCUUUAUAGUUACUACGCUCUUAAGCCUGGACUUCCUUGAUUCGGUUCGCUAAGUGGUUUAGAAACUCUCGCAAAAGCGGACCUUCCUGUUCCUUCUCCUUCCUGUGUCCACGAGUGUAGGGCGGUAUUCUCACAAACUGGACUAUCCCAGCAUAACCAUGUCCGGAGACGUGACCAAGGUGGGCGAUGAUCAGGAGGUCACACAAGCCUUCAUAAACAACGGCACGAAAUCGCCAAAAAACGUCAACAACGAUUUGGGCAAGAAAGACGCCAUGCUGCCAAGUUUGGAAGAGUUCGAAGAACUACGAGAACAGUUGUACAUGUUGAGAAAAUAUCUGAAAGCGUUAGCCAUAGUUGUGUUCUUUGGUAUUAUCAUUCUGUUAGUCGUCGUGACGAUUCUUUACACAAAUCUUGACCGAGGAUUGAAAACUCACAAGCACCCGGUGGCUCCAAAAGUCGGGGAAAACAUUACGAGACUCCUGGAGCGCCAAGAGGUUUGCUUCAAAUGUUCAGAAAUACGCUUGGGACCAAGUGUAGAGGAAGCAAACAUGUUAAAUGCCUUCAGGAGGCGACCAAACAAAGCUGGAGAGGAAUGCUGUCUUGAUACACCAUCUCAGCUACUUAAACUACUGAAAUUGUUUGUCGAGAAAAGAUUUCUGGAAGAGAAAUCCAGAGGUAAAAUUAAUAUCCAUCGCGAUUAUGUUGAGAGUAAGACCAGUAUAACGACAUCGGCGCACCUUAUGGGCCCCAGACACCGACUCAUUGAAGGAGUUGGGCGUCAGUUCGCCUUGUCGAACUGGACUGACGACGUCGGACUGGCGUUCCGGACACGGGACAUGGUGUACCGCUACGGACGCCUGGUCGUGCCUACAGACGGCAUGUAUUACGUCUACAGCCAAGUGUCAUUCCUGGAGCGUUUUGACGACGACCGUGCCAGGCGUCGCUCUCGUUCUAAGACCCUAUCCCACUACCUGUACCGUUAUAAUAUGAUCUACCCCCGGGGUGGCGAGGAGAUGCUCACCCAGAAUUCCAUCACAAAAUGCUGUACGGAGAGCAAAUCUUUUGGGGAGUAUUCGAGUUAUCUCGGGGCUGUCUUCCAACUAAGGGGCAACGACGAAAUAUAUGUCAAAGUCUCAAAUCUUUCCAUUCUCUCCAAGGACCCAAAACUGAAUUACUUUGGCUUGUUCCGCGUCUGAGGAAAACGAGACUGAUUAUAAUAGCAAAACAAAAACACAACAACAACAACAACAUCAACACUCAUGGCACUAAUGUCAACACCGCAGACAAAUAAUCACAAACAAAUGCAGCAUAAUUUCCUCAAAAUUUCAGAGCUCAAUUUACGUCGACGACAUGUAUCAGUUCUUCUAUUUCACAUUUACAGAUGUUGUGAAUUUGAUCCACUCUUCUUACCAUUUCGUCAUCGCUUCUAGAUCAUUGUAGUCUUCUUGUGAUCAUGUAAGUUACCAUCGUUCUCGUGCAAUCCUCUGAGAUGUGAGGCGUUGCUAUGUUGACAGGAUCAUAUUUCUCCGCCAUCUUGAACAUUCUCUCGAGAUCACUCGGUCUACAGAUUCAUCCUUACAUUUUAAUCCCUCACCAGAACGUGAUCUGACACAUGGUUACCAUGGCAAUCACCAGUAACGUCACCGUUCUCUGGGAACGCUUUCUGCAUCCGAGGCACUCCCAGGACGUUUUCAUGCUGAAUAAAAUGUUCGCCCCUGUAUUACGAUCUGAAGCUAUAUUUCAUUGUUCAAUGGUGCUUCAACAUGGAUUGAUCAUCAUUAUGUCGUGUAAGCUAAUGCUUAUGGAGUGGUUCUUGUAAUAGUUUAUUCAAUUUUACGCACUCGUACAUUUCUUAGCAGUGUGUGCAUGCGUGUGUUUGUGGUGCGUGUUAGAAAAAGAACAGUUUGUAAGCCUGGUAGUAGAAAGCUCAUGUUUGAAUUUGAACCAUUUGUACAAAUUUUGUAUUCUAUGAGGAAGAAUUAAUGCGACGAAACUCUACAUACCAACACAUGUCAGCCUUUGACUGGCGGCCACGAUAAGUGUAUCAAGAAUGGAAGGCCGGGUGGGCCUUCUGCAUUUUGCGUUUGCUCUUGGUCAGGUUGUCUUUCAAGGCCAAAAAUUGUUUUUGUUAUCAUCAUGGUACCGGAUAUCAUAAUGUUUUUGACCAGAGUUUUUAUGUUUCACUGGGGCUCGUCAAAAAUGUUGUAUAAAUUGUUAUUAGUAAAAAAAGACUUGUAAAUAUGAUGUCUGUAAGCGACCAUGUAACACUGUGUUCACAAAUGUUAUCGACAUAUACAGGACCCCAGUGUCUCUAUAACACCUUCAUGUUCAAGAAAAAUUGAAAAGGCGCUUCAAAUUAUAAUAGGCUUCCUUCUCCUCCCGUAAAAAAGUGGAAAUGUUUUUAUAUUUGGUCGUUUAAGUAUAUUGAACAAAAUGGUAAAUAAAUGAAAGACAAAUGUUGCUAUUAACGAAGAGCAAUGCUGCUGUUCAAGAGAAAUGAUGCAAUUGGUGAAGAGAAAUGUUGGUACUGAUGAAGACAUUAAAGGAAAAGUCGAGGGAGGAGAAAACGCAGAUUUUCAUUGGUUGUAAAAAAGAAGUAAAGAAGAAACAUCGCCGAUUUGAAAGGAAAAUGUAAGUGUUACUGAAGUAAUGACAUUGAUGGUAAUAAGGCAGUGCUUGGUAUUUGCCAAUAAUGAGCCUGGCAUUGAUAUAUAACCUUUUUGCGAGCUUGAUUAGUGUAUGGUAAGAAAUGAAGUUUACGAUACUGUUGGCAUCAAGCUUGGAUAUGUUCACAUAAUUUGUGACCGAUUGUAGAAACCAGAAUUGCUGUCAACCUUAUACUGACUUUUUUUCUCAUAUUAAUAACAUGAAGUAUACGGUUGUAGGCGUUGUAUUUGCUUAAUUGUGUUCAACUGGCCACUCCAUUUUAGUAAACAGGCAGUUUUCACACAUAUUCAUUGAGAGUUUUAAAAGUUAGAAGUGCUUGAUGCUACCCCGUCCCUUAUACAUAUUUAUGCUUUGUUUUCUUCUAGAGUUGUAUUGUGUGCAUUUUGCUUUUUAUGACCUCCUUUUUUGUACCUACUUCUUAUGCCAAUAAUGUAUAAAUCCGCCUAUGCGGCGUGCAAAUUAAGGGGAAUUUUGUAAAUUUACUCGAAUCCUAUACUAUUUUUAAAUCCAUUUAAUUUUGUGAAAUUAUUUAUUUGCGUUGAAUUUCAUUUAUCCGCCUCUAGAUUUUGAGUUUUAAAUGAGUGUCGCACCGGUAAUUUAAGAAGAAAUCCUACUAAUAGAAAUUAUAGAACUCGGUGAAAACAUAGUUGAUGUAUUAUCCUGCUUGCUUUGUUUACUAAGUACAAUUAUAAAAGUAUCUCUGGUCAACUCUCCCCUCCCCCCCCCCGGUUAUAAUGAUAAAGCAUCAACCCCCGAUCCCCCCCCCCCCCGGCUCCACCCUCCUUCUCUGUAAAUCGCAUAGUCCUGUCUUUUUUUCAUUUAUCUAUAUUUUAUUUAAUAACUAGAAAUCCUGUUAUUUUAUUAUUCAGUAUAGAUAUGCCUGGUGGAGGAAACGCUAUCUUAUUAUAUAAAAUGACUGAACUUCUGAUUUAUGAGAGAAGCAAAACAAAUUUGUAAGGGCAGAAAUUAGGGCAGUUAGUUAUUUUGAAUAUCAUUGUUCACAAAAUCAAUAGGUUUAAAGGUUUAUUUGUGUAGACCUGUUGGCUAAACUGACUAGCUGAGUAAUGUUUCCUAGUACAUACCAAAAUAUAUACAAAAACAUGAACAGCUGAUACCGUCACAAUACUUCAUGUAUGACGUUUGUGUCAGGACUUGUAUAAACUCGAAUGGAAAUUUUAGGCAAAAUUUUUGGCUGUAUAUUUGCCCCAGACGCAAACCGGCACAGAUUCUACAGAAUGUAUUUCUCUGUUGCUAACUGGAGAUCGGCAUAUCGAUUAUCUGAACUCCCCAAACAUUUGCAAAAUGUUGACUAAAAGAUUAGGCUUCAUUGCAUUUUGGUUCACGUGACGUGCAGCGUAACAUUGUUUUUAAAUCUUCUUUUUUUUGUAAAAAAAUAAAUUGUCGCUUUAUGAUUGUACAUAAAUGAGUCAUAAAUCAGUUUUCUCCAUUUUGUCAUCAUACGUAAAUAUUGAUGUGAAAUCGUGCUUGUGGAAAAAAGUAUGUUUUCAAAAUUAUUCUCGAUGAUCUUUUGUAAAAAAAAAUGUGAAUGUUAAUGAGCGAAAUUCAAUUUCGCAAUGUGAUAUUUUUGUAUAUUUCUGAUAACAUGUGAUAUCUCUCAGAAAUAAAAUUAAAAGA